AUGAAACCAGCUAAUUCAAACCUAGCAGAAAUUAAAGAAAAGCUUCCCAAAGCUACAAAAGAAUCUUAUGAAUAGAAUGGAUGGAAAUUUGAGUUUUCGAAGGGUGGUAUUAUGCCAUCUGAUUAGUUAGAUUAGUUGUGCGAUUAUUUAGUUUUGAAUGCAAUUCCUGAUGUAGUUUAUGGAGAAAAUUAUGCACGCUUUUCAUUUGAAUAAUAAAACUUCUGUUUAGAAUUCCUUCCUAAAGACAGUCUUUUGCUCACAAAUUUUUAGGCUCGUUCAAACGCCCUCUUAGAUUUAAAAUAGCAUCCAAAUCUUAAAAAAUAUAAGGAAGUAAACAAUGUUACUUAUGUUCCUACAGAAGUAAAAGUUAAAUAUGCUGAGCAUUGGAAAAAUAAAAAACCUGAAGAUACAACUGCAGAAAUUAAGGUAAUAUAAUAAAUCUCAGAUGUAUUCUUUAGCACUCCAUACAAGGGAACUGUUAAAAAAUUGUCCUUACUUGCAGAGCCUUAAAAAAAUCAUACUUUUUUGAAAGAUUAGCUCUCUGAAAAAUCUUAGUUUUAAGAAUUGCAAAACAUCGAAUUCCCUUAUGCAGAAAGAACAAGCGAAGAAAUCCCUAUACACAACCUUACAGAAUAAAAUCCAAUUAAAUGGGCAAAUAUGGCAGAUCUUUGGGAGGAUGAGUUAGGUGAUUCAGGAAGCACAACUAGCGAAGUCAGAUUCAGAGUUAUGGGUGAUUGCUGGUUUGCUCUACUUCGUCACUACUUAAGAGUAGAUGAUGUUAUAAUUAGGAUAUUCGAUACAAGAUUUUAUCACGAAUUUGGAAAAAAUUACAUUUUAAGAGAAUUUUAAGUAAGGGAAGAUUCAUACUAAAAUAUUGCCAAAAAAGGCUUCCAUUUUACUCCUAAGUGGAUGUUAGAUUAAGGAUAAUCUCACAUGGUUUAUCAAUAUAUAGAUCCAAUUUUAAUUGAAAGAGAAAAAAUUUACUUUAAAUGA